CAGCACGAGAGCCUCUCGUACCUGGUCUUCGAUGCCCUCGCCAUGUGUCCGGAGUUGCGGGAGGUAUGCCGCAGCAUCCAGGCCUUCCACGAGGACCUGGACAAAGACGGGGGCGAUGCCCUGUCCGCGGCCUUUCAGAUGCCAGGAAUCCUUUGCAGAGCCCCGGAGUACGCCGAUGGCAUUAUGCAGAUCAGCCGGAGCUUGAUGUGGGGCAAGGCCAUCGUCGAAGAGACUGCAGCAGACCUGGCGGCCAGCAGUUCCUGGGAGCAGCUGGCCGAGAGCUGCAGGCAGAGCCGCGUGCUCGCGCUGGUGGCGGACCAGCCCUUGGAGCACUGGGCCUGGAGGAACCAAGACCGGGUUCUGCUGAACGGCCUACAGCCGCUGCCAGCGCUGACGCCGCGCGAGUCCAUGGGCUUGUCGCCCGAGGAGCCCUUGAGGCAAAGCCCCCGCUGGCUCACCUCCUUCGCCAGCUCCUGGGGCUGCCCAAGGCAGCCGAGACCCGCACCGCGAGAAGGCUGCGGAGCCGCCGAGCGGCUCCUUUGCGAGGCCUUGGACGAAGCCCCAGCGCAGCUGUCGCUGUCGGCGCGGCUGCUGCACGUGCUACAGCUGGCCCUCAAGGGGGAGGAGGAGCGGGUGACUGAGUCACUGGGCGCAGCCAAAGCGGCGCUGCAGGCGCUGAAGCUCCCGGACCUGGGCACCUGCGCCGCGGAGGCGGCCGAGGCCUCGGAGGAGGAGGCGCUGCGGAAGGCGCUGCGGAGGUUCCAGCAGGCCUGCGGCUUCACGGCCUGCGAGUUGCUGGCGAAGCGAACUGAGGCAUGGCCAGAGGCGACUGCCAGCCUGGAAGCCCUCACCUCCGCCUUCGGGCGCGUUGCCGCGCGCCUCGCCGCCUUUGCCCCGCCCCCGCGCGACGAGAGCGGCGAGAGCGGCGGAUCGCCGAAGGUCUGGGCGCUGGGCUCCAGCGGGGUGCCGGUACUCACCACGCUGCUCAGCUGUCUGAACCUCUUGCUGCCAGUGGUGCUGCACCUGACAAACGCUCUGCCCAAGAGCGGGAAGAAGGCCAAGGCAGGGGACCCCCUGCACGACACACGCCUGGCGUUGAGGGACCUGCUGCAGGCGCUGCAGCGCUUCCUCACUGAGGUCCCCGAGUCCGCCGAAGCUUCUGCCGCGGCGGCGGAGGUCCCGGGCGCCGGGGCGGUGGCCGAGGCACUGAAGUGCGUGGAGGACUUCCACGCGCAGCGAAGAGAGCUCGAGGUGGCGAUGCUGGAUGCGCACCAGAAGCAGAUCAAGAGCUUGGGCGAGCUUAUGGCACAGCGCGUGCAGCUCCUGAAGUCCAAAGCUUUCAAGCCGUAGAUUCCAUUCGCACGCGUCUUGACUGGAUGGGUGUCCGUAGCUGGAUGGCCUUGCCAAGUUUAGAGUGGCCACAGCUGGUUUGUCAGAGUUCUGGCAUGGGCUGUUUGGUUUGCGCAAACAGCCUCGAUUGUGGCUGCUGGGCGGCUGAGCCGCCGCCGAUAAUGCCUGGAGUGAAUAACUCGCCGAAUGGAUAAAGCAGGACAGGCUUU